UGAUUCCUAUUUUUCAGGGGGUGAGGAUCUUCCCAAGGCAGUGAUAUGUAUUCCAGAUAUCUGCAAAAGUCCGAGCAAGCCAGUUGAAGAUGAGCUUGCUUUCAGAGAUUCAUACUUACUAAAUCAUGGACUGAGAGGAAAGAUUCUUCCUACAUCAACAGACAAUAUCAGUUUGGAACAAAAUGAUUCAGAAAACCCUCAUUCUAAUCAACGUUCACAAAAAAGUCCAAAGCACCCUGCAGGCACCAAAAAGAGCCCAACUUGUGAUGUCAGUGCAUCACUUAGGUCAUUAAAAGCUGCAUCUGAGCAAGUCAGAGAAGAAAAAAGUCGAAAAUCCAAAUCUCAGUCACUUAACUCCUCUCCACAGCGCACCAGAGUUUCUAGAGCCAGUGUUACUCCAGGUCGUAGAUCACCAAGACAUCAUUCUCCUGUAACUUGUCCCGACUUUAACCAUCAAAGACCACAAACAGGAUCACUCAAAGACCCUAUAAGUACCAAUGAUGAUAAGCCAAAAGUCAAUAUAUUUACAGACAGCAUGGGCGUAGACUUGGGAAAGAGAAUCAGAUCACCUAGAAGAUUAAGUGAUGACAUGAUAGCACUGCCCAUAUUCUCUGUUCGCAGAUGGAAUAACUCCCCAAAGGAAGCUCUUGGGGGACAUGGGUCCAAGUGUUUUGAUGAGAAUACAUUUCAUGAUAACUCGGUGUCACCAUCAAAGGUUUUAAACCCAAAUGAUGUCUUUAAAUCACCAGCGUCAAGUCCACUCUCUAGUCGUAAGUCUGGCUCGUCACCUUUAACAAGUCCUAACUCUGGCAAAAAGUUAGGCUCUGAUGGGUCUGGGAAAGUGUUAACAACAUUAAAAAGUGGUGAGACUUGUAAUGCACAAGAUGCAAAUGCCAGAACUAUGAAAAGUGAAGAAACCUGUGUGUUAGAUCCAUUCCUAAUAAGUACUGUAAAGGAAGAGCCCAUUUCAGAAACUGAACACUCUGAAGACGAGAGGGUUCCUAAAUCCUAUCCUUUAAGGAAAACAAAGUUUGUUGGCUCAAAAGGGCUAAACUCUAGUCAAGAGGUCAAGAGUGCAAGAAAAUUUGGUCGAAAAAGUGACAAAAUAAAACAAGAGAUGGAGCCAAGCAGAAGUAAGGUAGAAUUACUGAUGUCUUCAGAUAUCACUGACAAUACUAACAUGAUGCUAACUAAUCAAAUGCUCAAGGGAAUAGACCAAUCUGAAAACAACACAGUGCCUAUCUCUACUUUGAAUCAGCAUAAAAUUGAAAGCCCUUCAAGUUGUUCACUUUUGCUCGACACUUCAAAUGUGUUUAAAGAGACCAAGAAGAAUACUGAAAAGUUAAAAUUUUUAGAUCACAAGAUAGAGUCCUCUUCCGAUUCUUCUUCUAGUGUUAAAUCCCAUCCAUCUCUACUCUGUGCAAUGUUGGUCGGCGGUACGGAAGUUGCUCAUACCUAUGCACAGGAUCGUGUCAGGUAUAAACCUCAUGCAGAUGAAAUAUCUGACUCGGAUACAGAGACAUUGAGAGUUUCUCCACAUAGUGUCACUUUAACAAACUAUGCCAAAUUUGGCAAUUCUGUGUUUGAUUAUUGUAAAACUCAGUCAGAAUCUGCAAAUCCUGGAGCUGUCAAAGAACAAAACUUUUCUAAAAAAGACAUUGUGAUAGGGAGGAGUGAUUCUUGCAAGAACAAUGACUUUACAAAUACAGGGUCCAUUGAUCCAGAGUAUGUUGAUUCAGAAGGCUCUCUCAGUGGUCAAAGUGCUAAAGGUGUGUUUAGUGGUAAAUCUAUAUCAAUUAAAACUAAGAAAUUGAAUAUUGACUUAUCUUCCAAACUAAAGCUGGUCAAUGAGAAUGUGUUGAAACUGCUAGACAUUGAUGCAAAAGAUGGAUUUCUUCCCAUGCAACCUGAAAAUACUGGCCCCAGUGAUACUUCUUUACAUUUGGUGGAAACCCAAUCAGAAGAAAAUAUUAAAAGUGGCCUGUAUGAUCUCAUUGACAAUCUGGGUCGCAGACUUAAAGAUUCCAAAGAUACUAUUCCAUACUCCACACCUGUGGAUGUAGAACUUGUUCAGAAACUUUUAAAGUCAUGUCCAAAGUCUAAACCUAAUAUUCUGAUGGUUGGGGCAGCAGGGAAAGUGGAGAAUAUUGAGAACAUUUCAAAUGAAAACAACUCAAUGGAAACGGAACCUGGGAAAAUUCAAUUAAAUGUACCUGAAAAUAUCACUGAAAAUUCAACUCAAAUGAGUAAAGAUAAUGAUGAGGUCUCAUAUCCACCAUCGGAAUGUGUGGAUCUAACAGCAACGCAACUGCUAACAAUAAGGGAUAAUUCAGCCUCUGUAGCACAAAAUAGCAAAGAAGAAACCCCAUCUUCUUCACAGUCAUCCAUAAAUACAUCCUCUCCAAGCUUGAAUGACAGUCUAUGUGAAAUAGAUUUAGAUCUUCUCACUGCGACUGCAACCAACGCUAUAAACUAUGUGAAAACCACACUUCAGGAAUCUGUGCCAGACAAAAAGCAACCAGGAUUACCAAAUGACUCUCAGGAAAUAAAAUCAGUGCAUGCCCAAAGUGAAUCUGACAACAGCCUUAAACGAACAUUUCAAAAAUCUAAAACAUUUGAUGGCAAUGAAGCUGGAUUUCUAUUAUCACACAAUCAAGGUGGAUCUUUAAGAAGGAUUAACAGUAGUCCACAAAUAAAUUUGAAAAUUUCAACUUCCCCAUUUCUUCCAGCAACUUUACUAAAUGCUGGUAAAGAAACACAGGUGAAAUCUAAACUUGGCAGCAAGAUACCUGUACCUGGUACAAGUUACAACAUUCGAUUAUCUAAGAGGACUUGGAGAAUGCCAAGAACUAUUGUUGAGCCAAAACCAUUAUCUAUACUCUCUGAGUUGGAGGAACCUUCUUCCCAACCUAAGAAUGUAUUUAUAUGUCCCAAUCUUCAAAAAUAUUUAAGUGUUCCAUCUAACAGAAUGAUUGUGCCAACAGAGAAAAGAAAUGAAAUGCAAGAAAUUGAUGCUAAAGCUAAGGAAAAAGAAGAAGCUAGACAAAUUAUGAUGAAAGAAAGAGAUGAAAGAGAAAAAAAAGUAGAAGAUGAAAUAAAUACUGAAUUCUCAAAAUUUGAGCCAGAUUUUGAUGAAAUAGAUGGAAUUCUUUUUAUGUCAUUUUCUAAUGAAAUAGAACUGAAGGCUCAUGUCAGAGUAGAGAAAACUUUGGAGUGGGACAAAGAUGACACCAUGCUGAGAAUUUCUAGAGCAAAGGCUUUUGAGGAAGCAAAGGCGCACAAUGAAGACAUGGGAGAUUUUAAAUUGAAACACCUCAGGGGACAACAUAUGCGCUGGAAAAAAUACCGUCGCCUGUACAGUGAUGAAGUAAAAAUGCUGCAAGAUGCUAAGAAGAAAGGCAUUCCAAUAGAUGUUUUGUUACCUCAGAAGAAGACAUCUGAUAUCACUAAGAUUAAAGGGUGGAAGAAGAGACUUGCUACCACACCAAGCACACCUGCCGAGAGAAUGGAUAAUGAAUACGAAUUAGAUGAUGAUUAUUUUUAUUUGGAUGAGAGCCCAGAAGACUUAAAAUCUAUCUUGACUGAAGAUUUUGAUAAUUCUGUAAAUACUCCGUCUAUAGAAAAUACUGCUGCAUCAUCGAGAUCAAAGCGACGACAGGGUUUCAGCCACCAGAAAGCACACAGACAGUUGUUUAGAGAGUUACGCAUGGAUUGGGAGGACAGAAUGAUUCAUCGUAAACUUGGUGGCUGGUCCCUUAAAGGGAACCGACCAAAAGCAUUUUCUGGCGCAGCCAAAAAGAGGCAGCAAAAGAAAACAAAGGAAAACACAGAAGAUUCAGUAACUCCGGACACAAAAGAUGGAACUUUAGACUUGAGCGCUGGAGAUGCUGAGCCUGAGAUGUUUCUUGACAUCAAAGAUUCUUUUGAAAGUCCUGAAGACAAUGACAAUGAUAUUAAAAAACUAUCUGAUUCGAUAGAAGACAAAGAUUGUUGUGAAAUGAAGCACUCCUGUGAUAUAGCUAAGAAAAAGAAGAUGACAAAGUUGAUUUAUCCCUUGGUAUGUAUUACUUUACAGUUUAAAAUGAAGUUUAAAUGAAAUACUGUUAAAGGGCAUUUUUAAAUGUAAAUAUCUUUGGAUGUUCUUUAAUGUCAAAGACAUUUUGACCAUAAAAUAAAACCCUUUUAUGACUUAAAAAACAUAAUAAUAUAUACUACAUGGAUAAAUUAUCAAUCCCUUUUCAGCUGACUGAAAGAAUGGCUAGAAAUGCUUUAAAGACACUUGAGGUUGGUGUCAUUGGUAGAAGUGUGCGGAAAAAAAACAAGAAAGAGCGGCAAAGUUCCAGCAACAUUCCUGCACUGACAUUAAUUGCAUUACCUAAAACACCACCAGUUGUCUCAUUGGGAGAGGAAAACAUCUACACUCCUCUCAGUAGUGCUGGAGCGACUGUUGGAUCAUCGCCAUGUUCUUCUUUAAAUACCCCUCAACAAACAUCACAGACAUCUUUAGCGUCAACUGUCAGCACCCCACACGAGAUAGACCAAUUAGAGGAACCAGUCAUGGAGGGUGUGGAAAUAACUACUGACAAUAUUUCUAGUCCAUCCAUUGAUUCUUCCUCUAUCAAAUCUUGUAGUAAACCAGGUCAGUUAAGUCCAAAUUUUUUUUUUUUUUAAACACAUUAAUUUGAACCAAAUUAUUAAUAAAGGGAUGGCCAUUUGAGGACCUCUGAUUUUGUCUGUAAUUCAUUUACAGGAUUUUACUUUGAAGCAGCUCACAUUGGCCUAUCCCCCGCAACUUCCCUAAGAAAAUAAAAAUUGUGUUUGAACCUUUGGAGUAUGAACCAGAGCAAAAAUUCUAUUGAAUGUGUGAAUUACCAGAGCUCAUUUUGAAUUUAACAUAGACCUUUAAAAUAAUAUUUUUUUAUCGAAAUUAAGAAAUAGACAGGUAGCAACUACCUUUGUUUAGACCAGCGGUUCUCAACCUGUGGGUCGUGACCCCUUUGGGGGUCACACGACCCUUUCCAAGGGGUCGCCUAAGACCAUCUGAAAACACAUAUACUCUACAACUAUAAAGUAUCCUAGAAAAUUAAUUUUGUUGUUGGGGGUCGCCACAACAUGAGGAUAUGUACUAAAGGGUCGCGGCAUUAGAAAGGUUGAGAACCACUGGUUUAGACAGUAAAUAAAUGAGAUGUUUAAAUUAUAAAGUAUAAUCCAUCAGUUAUUUUGUGAUAAUUUCUUGUAGUUUCUUUGUUGAAGCUAUAUGAUUAAAAAUUUAUUUCUUAAAAUCCAGGUUGUCGUUAUGGCUGUAUUUGUCAUCUAUGUUCUGUGGGUGAUGUUUCAGCACCACCACCAAGUCCCAAAGUUAAACCUGCAACUCUGUCUUGUGAUAAAGAAUAUUGUCGUCUAGGGUGUAUCUGUGAUAGUAUAGAUCCAGAAAAGCCUAUACCUAACUCCCCUCACUGCGGGAAAACAUCUUGCAUGUUACAGUGUGUCUGUCCUGAACCUGUUUGUCAUGAUGGUAAUGACGACAUUCCAUACCUUCCAUCCAUGAAACGGCGACCUAAACCAGGAGAACGGUUUUCCAAUCUUCCACAACGGGAAAGAACUCACCGCGCUUCCAAAAAUUUAGAUGCUAUUACUAGAAAAGCAAUGAUGC